CUGUCCAAGUGCCUGUACCAGGAGCCCACUGAAUUCACCAGUAACUGAACUGAAAGAUACUCAUCAUGAGUAUUGCGGCAUUAGGAAGUAAUGGAAAAGGGAAGCCCUUACCACCCGGCGAAGAGGAGCGCAAUAAUGUCCUAAAACAGAUGAAAGUGCGAGCUAUACUGAAGGGUGACAAGAGCUGGAUCACCAAGCACGAAGAUUCAGAGGACCAUACCAUAGAGCAGCCUUCAGGUCAAAACCGUGCCAUGUCCUGCUCAUCGGUUGGAGGGGUAUCCGAUGGCAGAUCUCCAAACACAAAGGCUCCCACUGGUUACAUCAUCCGGGGGGUGUUUACUAGAACAAUCGACAGCUCUUCUCACUCCCAACUCUCUAAGACCAAUGGAGCUCCAAGAAGUGCUUCUGGGCUGCUCCGAGCAGCUAAUUCUGGUCCUUCUCGUCAGUCUUCUGCCUAUAAGUUGACUACAGAAGAUUAUAAGAAGCUGGCACCGUACAACAUCAGGCACAGCUUCAUAUCAGGGACUGAGGAAGAGGAGGUACCAUUCACCUCAGAUGAGCAGAAACGAAGGUCACAGGCUGCAAGCAGUGUUCUGAGGAAGACAGCCCCAUGGGAGCACUCUUAUGUCCUCUCGGCAGCUAAGAAGAACACUAGCAGUCCAACCCAGGAGCUGCAGAACCCGUUUAUUGCAAAAAGGGUUGAUGUAGAUGAAGACAUGCCUCCUAAGAAAAAACAAGAGCCAUCUGCUCUAGCAAGAUCUGCUCCCAGCUUAAACAGCCUUUCAGCUGAUUGUGAGAAGAAUGUGGUCCCCAAAACCACAGAGCCCUGGCAGGAGACAGAUGUAGCUACAAGAGGUGGCCAGGGAGACCCAGCUGUGGCCACUGAAAACUCUGGAGGUCCCAGUGCACCCAAUCAGCUCAUUGACCUUGACUCCUGUGCCAGCAGCACUCCAGGUGCUUGUGAGGAGAAGAAUGUGGCCCCCAAGAUCAGUAAGACCUGGCAGGAGAUAUCUGCAGCCCCACAAGAUGGACAAGGAGACCCAGCUGUGGCUAUUCAACAACUUGCAGAUUCCAAUGGACCUGAGCAGCAAGUCAAAGUGGAGGACUGUACCAACAAAUUGAAAAGCCCUUCAAGCUGCACAGUCACUGUUACUGUCGGUGCCACCUCCGAACAAACUCAGUUGUGUAUUCCAGCUGCCUCAAGUGAGCUGGACUCCAGGUCAACUGUCAAAGGAAUUCUCUUCGUGAAAGAGUACAUGAAUGCUAGUGAAGUGUCUUCUGGGAAGCCAGUAUUUUCACACUAUGACAGUGCCAGCAGCUUUGAGGACUCACUGGACCUAGAGAAGAAACCCCCACAUGAAGGCAUUGAACCCACUGAGAGACCAAUUGAAGGGGUCUGUACUUACUGCAGCCAUGAGAUCCAAGACUGUCCAAAGAUUACCCUUGAACAUCUUGGCAUUUGCUGCCAUGAGUAUUGUUUUAAGUGUGGGAUUUGCAAUAAACCAAUGGGUGAUCUCCUAGAUCAGAUCUUCAUUCACCGUGACACCAUCCACUGUGGGAAAUGCUAUGAGAAGCUCUUCUAGGCUGAACAGAAGCUGACAAGCCUCAGACAUAUUUGGCUCUCCGGUUGCCCCAAAUUGUUGGUUCCUUUUUCCUUACAUCCUUCUUGGUCUCACUGUACUUGUGCCCCCCUUGUUCUGAAGUAACAUACAUUUAAGAUUGUAUCUCACUGAUGUUAUAAUUACUUUUGUGUAGCCUUUUAUACUUUAGAAAAUAUUUCAAAUCAAUUAUCUUGAAAUCUUGCUCCCAGGUUAAAUAACUCCACUUUGACUUCCCUAAGACGUGUUCACUUUCUAAUGAGUGUGGAUGACCUACCUAGUAUGUUAGACAUGGGCACAAGUAUAGCUACCAGUAUAUGAGACUUUCUGAAGCUUCCGAGGGCUGAGCCCAAAACUGUCGACGAUCCCUGGUAGGGAAAAUACAGGCAUUGAUAGGCUAAUAGGCAUUGAUAGGCUAAUGUUUAGUUUGUCUAUUCAUGAUGUGUAUGUUUGUGUAUUUUUUAAUUUCUCACACAAUUUUUAAAAUAACUCAUUAUUUUUGAUUGAAUAUUGUAGCAGAUUUAAAUUAUCUCCCCCCAUUCUCCUCUGAGUUUUUCCUGUCAAGUAUGUCAAUAGAUAUUGAAAAUUUUACCCAGCUUUAAAUUUGAUAAGAUACCAUGUUAGGAGGCUUCUAACCAAAGGGAUAUCUGUGACCUGUUUUCUAGUCCUACUCUGUCUCAAACCAACAUCAAUUUUUAGGUUCCCAGGUACUCAAAACACUGAAAGAAAGCUGGUGUCUGGCACAACAGAAGCAGGUUCAUCCCUGUGCUUUGCUAAUACGCUGCUUUGCUUCUACUCUACUCUGUGCCUUUGGGCCCACCAUUAAACUGAAAGCUCCUUAAAUAGAAAAACAGUCCCCAAGAUCUAGGGAUGCAAAAUGGAAGCCUGUUUGUUAUAUUUGCAUAUAAGAUAGCUCUUCUCUUUCUUCAGACUCUGAACCCUAGACACAUUUGAGUGUGGACUUGUUCUUCCUAUCUGGUAAUCAGAGAAGAAUAUUCUAUUUAUUUGAAUAUUUAUCUGUUACAUGUACUCUGAAGGGGAGAAGGAGUACAGAAUGCCACAUCCCCAUACUAAUUAUAAACUAGUCUUUCUCAAGUCCAUCUCUAGUGUGGGUCUUGGCAGAUGGUAGGCAAUAACAUAUGGGUGCCAAAUGAAUCUGUAAACAAAAACUGUCAGUUCCUUGAUUAGAGGUAUUACUUGGGAGUUAUAAUGCAGACUCCAUAGAUGGGAUGCAAAGUAAAAAGGCCCAAGAUAUGAUAGUUUCCCCACCUUAAAGUUGUACUCUGCCACUUAAGGAGAUUUAGAAAUAUGGGCGAUAUUAAAAAAACAGCUUGCAAUUUUAGUAUUGAUUUGAAUCAAAACAGCCCUUUCAUGUCUUAGACUCAAAAUUCUGCACUUAAUAAAGAG